AUGGCCGACCAACAGUCUCAGGGCAAUGACCCAACUCCCCAACCUCAACAAUCCGCCGCCCCUACUCCGAUCUCUCUCCCAACACACAACUCUGGCCCCUCGCCCGUUCCUCUUCUCCGACCUGCCAUUCCUGGCGCAAGAAAUGGCGGAGCUCGCACACCGAGACUUGGUCUUGCUAUUCCCCCAUCACCCAAUGCCAAACCAGUAGGCAACCAACCAAUAGCCGCUCCUUCAAGGCCGCCUCUGCCAACACUGCAUCUGGCAACUCCCAUGGGCAGCCAAGUAGCUCCCCAAGAACAACUCCCUCGAUCUCAGUGCGUCACCCAGGCAUCGGCAGGCGGCGGUAGCGAGAGCAGUGCUGCUCACUCAAGGUCUGGCAGCUUCGGUCCCCUGGAUGGUCGGGCAAGCAACCCCACUUCUGCAGGAUCUCAAUACUCAGCUCUAUCCUUCGCCUCUCAGUAUGGCAUUGGUGUAUCAAGACCUCAAGGAACCCCAGACCCUGUGUCUGCUGUGGGAUCUAUGUAUUCUGAGAGAAGUGAAGGUGGCGUUUCUAUGGAGCGUGACGGAAGCUUGCAGGGAUUGGAAGCUUUUGACAAGCUGACUAUCGAGAAAGCCAGAACUCUUGAUGUCGAUGAUCUUGAUGAAGAGGGUUGGAGAAUCGCCAGUCUUGAAAAGAGAAUUGUCGAAAUCGGAAACCUUGGUGAGGGUGCUGGCGGCGCCGUCACAAGAUGUAAGCUCAAGGGUGGCAACACUGUUUUUGCUCUGAAGGUCAUCACUACGAAUCCAGAUCCUGAUGUGAAGAAGCAGAUCCUUCGAGAGCUAGGAUUCAACAAAGAGUGCGCUUCAGACCACAUUUGCAAGUACUAUGGUGCAUUUGUGGACCCAUCUACGGCCACUAUCUCUAUUGCCAUGGAAUUCUGUGAAGGUGGCUCACUCGACAGCAUUUACAAGGAAGUGAAACGCCUGGGAGGCAGAACCGGAGAGAAAGUGCUGGGUAAAAUUGCUGAGGGCGUUCUCGGUGGUUUGACAUACCUGCAUACCCGACGAAUCAUUCAUCGAGAUAUCAAGCCUUCCAAUAUUCUGCUGUGUCGAGACGGUGCCGUCAAGCUUUGCGAUUUCGGUGUCUCGGGUGACUUUGGUACCAAGGGCGAGGCCAAUACCUUUAUCGGCACCAGUUACUACAUGGCCCCUGAGCGCAUUACAGGCCAGUCGUAUACUAUCACCUCGGAUGUCUGGUCAACCGGAGUUACUCUCCUUGAGGUCGCCCAACAUCGAUUCCCAUUCCCCGCAGAUGGCACCGAGAUGCAACCACGCGCCAACCUCAUCGAUCUCCUCACCUACAUCGUCAGGCAGGAUGUGCCAAAACUGAAGGACGAGCCUGAUAUGGACGUGUACUGGAGUAACAACUUCAAAUACUUUAUUGAGUGCUGCUUGGAAAAGCAACCCAACCGCCGAGCUAGCCCCUGGAAGAUGAUGGAACACCCAUGGAUGGUUGAGAUGCGCAGCAAGCGCGUUAACAUGGUGAAGUAUCUUUCUUACGUCUGGGGUUGGGGAGACCAGCCCAAGGACUCUUAG